AUGGAUUCUUUUCAAGUAGAUUCUUUUCAGCAAAUAGAUGAACUUAUUAAGGAAUAUUUGUUAUUCAGAGGAUUUACAGCUACUUUUCGAUCUUUUGAAUCAGAAUGCCGGGGUGAUAAAGACAAAAGAUAUCAGGCUGAAAAAAUUAUCGAAGAAUUAUAUACAUUUAUUACUAAUAGUGAUAUAAAUGGGUUAAUUGAUUACUGGAAAUAUCUUGAUCUAAGAUAUUUCUCGAGAUUGGAUGCAAGGUUUUUUGGAAGUGUUAAUAAAUUUGAAGAGAAUCUCUUAAAAUAUUAUCUUGUUUAUGGUAGUCUUAGAACAACACAACAGAAACGAAAAGAAAAAGUUUUGGAAUUUUUUGACACAUUUGGAACAGAAUUAAAUGGAAAUUCGGGAUGGACAAAAUGGUUUGGAUUACCAUUUUCGAAAGAUCCGACAACUGAUCCAAAUUAUGAAGUAUUUUUUACUAAACAGUGGUUAGAGAAGUUUACUAUAUCUUUACAUAAUUUUCUUAAUGCAAUAUUUCAAAAUAUGCCUUUACCAAGUUUAAUAUGUUUCAAUUUGGAUCGUCUUCACCGAUACGUAUUAGAAGAUGAAAUUCAAUCUCUUCAAAAUGAAAUAGACAGUAUUAAAAAUGUUAAAGCAGAAACAAAGAGUAUUGAUACUGAGAUUAGGCAAAAGAUAAAACCAUUCUUUUUAAGUCCUUCACGUUCACAAUCCACUACUUCAAAUAAAGGAUUGGUUGUUAAUUCAGAUAAUAACGUAUCAAAGUCUCCUGAAAUAUACGCAGAUGAUUUGUGCCUUACUCCGAUAUCUGAAUAUGCUAUAGAUAAUUCUCUAGAAUUACCCGGUGAAGAUAUUAAUCCGUUUACCAUUAUGAAUCAGGAAAUAUACUUAGAGCAUGCAUCAGGAAUAUCGCUUGCUAAAUUCUCACACAAGGGUAAUUUAAUUGCGAGCUGUGAUAUGGAUAGUAUUGUUAGUGUAUGGAGCUAUUCCGGAACACCAGUUAAAUGCAAGAUCGACAAUCUUAAUUUAAACGUAACGUGUCUUGAAUGGGAAUCUAGAUCAGAUAAGCUUUUUUUAAUAGGCACAGAUGAAAGAUUUAUCAAAAUAUUUAAUAAAGAGUCACAAUCUAUUGUUCAUGAGUUUCAAACUGAUGAACAUUUUCCAAGAGUGAAACAGAUAAAUUGUUCACCUGUAGAACCAUUAUUUGCAUGCUCAAGCUCACCUAAAGAAGUUGAUGAUGGAUUGAAUAAUUUUAAUGGAUCAUUAAUAACAUGGAACUUAAAGACCAUGAUGAUACAAGACAAGUUUAUAUUUGACCCAUCCAUAUCAAAAACUUCAGGAUUACCUGUAGCUCCUAUAGAGACUCUACAAUUCAAUCACAAUGGUCAGAUGCUUGUUACGGGUGAUAGGGCUGGAUGCAUGCGUAUAUUUGACAUUCGAUCUUUCAAGCCUAUAAUGGAAUGGAGUUUACCGAAAGUAACAAAUAUAUCUCCAAGCAAGAAAGGAAAUAGUUUACAUACACUUUCUGCUAAAGUUUAUAAAAUUUAUGAUAAUGAUUAA